AUGGUAAAGCCUCAGGUAUUCUUUUUAGUUUGGUUCAGCCGGUACGAGGUCUCUUGGGUGUGCCACUGCAGCAGUCCAUUCAUGCACGCAUCAUUCUGCAAACUUGCUGCACUCGUCGCGCUCACGUCACCCCUCUCGUCUUCGCUUCACUCCUCAUUGCCCCCCCUUCACUCCCCCGUUUUCUCCCCCCCCUCCUCGUUUCCUCUCUCUGUCCCGAUCUACCCCCUCUCGACCCAGCAGGGCAGUGGCGGGGUCAUGGAGUGCACAGGCAGCAGCUGCUAUCCACCCAACCAACCCACAGCUAAGUACCCCGCCCUUCCUCUCUUCUCCCAACCCUCGCACUGUGUUGCUUUGCUUGUCAUGCUUGCACCAUGCAUUUCACUCCAUUUUUCACUGCUCUUUGUCACACCCAUCAGACCUCCCUCCCCCAAGCAGUCCAUUCAUGCACGUAUCAUUCUUGCACGUGCUGCACUCGUCGCGCUCACUUCACUCUUUGCUACUUUCCUCACAGCUCUCUCCACUCUUCUGGACCCCUCUUCACUCCCCCGUUUUCCACCCCCCCUCCUCCCAUCCUCUCUGUCCCGAUAUGCCCGCGUCUGGUCCCAGCAGGUCGCUCACACGGGAGUGGCAGUGGCGGGGGACAUGGAUGGCUCCCUUCUCUGCUCUCACCUGCCAUUCCACUUCACCGCACCAUCCACUCCUCUCACAUUUCUACCCCUAGCCGCAUACUCACUUCUCUUCAGUUCUCUCCUUUCCGUUGAGGGGAGGGGCGUGGGGGUCAACACCGCCGCUCCCUCACGCCCCUCCUCUGUGGCUGUGCAGGUGGCAGUGGUGGGAGGGGAGGGGGGCAGCACUUCACUCGGCUGGGAUGGGAAGGGAGAGUAUCGGGCUGGGAUGGGAAGGGAGAGUAUCGGGCUGGGAUGGGAAGAGAGAUUAUCGGGCUGGGAUGGGAAGAGAGACAGCCCCUCUGGUGACGAGUUCCCAGCACUCCUAGCAGCGCCUUUGGGUGGUGGGAGGCGCUUCAGUGGCGGCAGCACAACAGCCACCAUCACUCACAGCCGCACCAGAUAA